UCAGAGCUUGUUUCCCUCAGGACACAGAUGCUAACCACAAGGCAUUCUUUUAAAAGGCAGAGAGCUGCAUUCAACUCAAUGAAAAAAGGAACUCAUUCAGAUUUGGAACCACAUGAAGAAAUUCCUCUCUCAAGAGUUUGGCAUUUCCUCUGAGCUCACACACUGAGAGCCCACUCUCCUGUUUCACACAGUGCUCACUUGCGACAAAAGCGGGGAUUUUCAAACAUCCUGAAUGAGAGGAAUCCUCUUGCCCUCGGCACAUGCCGCAUCUGCAAAGAAACUUCACAGGGUGAACUUCCCCCUACACAACAGUUUUUGCUCGAGAGGACGGAAAGAACAUCAGCUUGGUCUUGUUUUCAGCAUCUGGGCGAGUGGUUCAACAUGGGCUAGCCCCAACUUUUCCCAUAGAGCUGGAGUGGACUAGAAGAGAACAAGGAGGAAGAGGAUGAGCGUUUACACUCUCAACCUCAGGUUGUUCUGGCUGCUGGUCACUUGCGUCCUCACUGCUCUGCUGCUAUUGCACCAGUACAUCUUCAGAGGAGCCGAGGACCAAGGGAAUGACUGCGCUGACCAGGGACCUGGAGCUGUCACGCUCUUCAAGUACAUCCUAGCUUUUAUCUUAUGUUACUUCUUCAUAAAGUACUGCUCAGCUCAACCUGGCACUGCUAGGAGGGGCUUCCACAAAGUCCCGGAGGUCCACGUAAAAUCAGGAGUCUCCAAGAGAGAGCUACUGGACGAUCACUACAAGAGGCAUGUGCGUCUUUCUCCACAUGUGCUGGGCCACAGCAAAGCCCAUGUUGCCAAGCUGGUGAGUGAACUUGUCAGAGUAGGUCGCACCGAUGUCCUGCCAGAGUCUUCUCUGGCCUUCCGUGGUGACUUCAUCCAAAUCGGCAGCUCCUAUGAGGAGCACAAGGUGGGCUCACCUGACUGCUUUGACAUCCUCGUGCCUCUGAGGGCACCUCGUGGGCUAAAACUGGAGGCUGGUGUUUGCACUGACAAACCUGGGGGGCCACCGCUUUGCACGCUAAACACACCUCGCAAGGCGGAGUGGACACGCCGUCACAAGGCCUUCAUGGACACGUUCAUGCACUUGCACAACGCUCAAAGGGUCUACAGGAUGAGCCCAUAUUCCGUCCAGCGCUGGUUUUACACAGCCACCCAGCGCUGCCUCGCUGCCAUCCGUUACCCAUUUGAGCAGCGCUGCUCCCUCAGCCUGGCUCUCAGUGAGGAGCAGCAGGUGCUCCUCCGCCUGACCCCUCGCUCCGAUUACGUCUGCUGCCACAUCUCCAUGGGCAUUCGUCUGAUCCCAGCCUUUCCUCUCGGCGAUGGUGCCUUCUUGGUAGCAUCCCGGCAGGGUCAGCGAGGAGAAGACCUUUGGACGGUGUAUUUUCCCAGACAGGAGCAGAGACUGCUGGCUUGGCUAAAAGGUAGACUGCCCCCCAACUCUUGUCACCUGAAGUGCCUUCAGCUCCUUAAAGAGGUUCGUAACCUCAGUGGGGAGACUCUGGACCAGCAGUCUGGAGCUGAGUGGGGAGGAGUGCUCUCGUCCUAUGCUUUGAAGACCGCUUGGCUUCGUCUGCUGCUCAGUACACCCCCUGAAUCCUGGGACGAGUGCAACCUUGUGGACCGGCUGGAUGAUCUUCUUCGCAGUCUGAGGGAGAGCCUACAGUCUCGGGCUCUCUGCCAUUUACUCCUCGGAGGAGUUAAUGGGUUUCUGCCAGACUCUGUCGUUCUGCCCAAACUUGUAAAGGAGACGGUACCCGCCAACCUGUGGGCAGAAUUCAGUGACGUCACACUCGAUAUGGUCUCCGCCCGACUGGCCUACUCCUGGAACCACCUCCCUCGCCUAAUUCGCCUUGGGCGACCACAGAGGACCAGCCUUGGCAGAGGUGUCCGCUGCAAAUAUAUUGAUGCAGAGUAAAGGUCAACUAUAAAUGGUAUUGCUGAACACAAACAGAUGUUGGUCACUACAUCUUAAUUGUUUAUGUUUUCAGUAACUGAAAUCUUUUUAUGCAUCUGACUUUUCAAAAUUAAAUUAACUUAAGUUGGGGAUUUUUUCCCCCAAAGGUAGCAGUCAAAGACAAGCAUGUAAAUAGUAGUACUCAGUAGGUACAGCAAUACUUUUUAUCAAAUCAGUCUUUGUACUGUAUAAAUCAGUAACUAUAAUUGUAGGACGUACUUUAAAAAGCAAGGUCAUUCGAAUUUCAGUUCAUGUUGAUUUUCUACUCAUGCAAAUUUAUUUCUAGAGAAUCUGAUAUGUUAAAACUUUCUGUUUAAAAGAACAGUAACUCUUUUAUGCAUUUAGCUCACUCCAGGCUUAAGUUUGAAGAAAAAACUUGGAGACUUGUGUUGACUCAGGGUGACCAUGAUGUCACGGUUCUAGGGUAGUGAGCAGUCAAAACAGCAUAAACACAAGUUUUUCCACACCCACACAGUAUUAGUAAUGCCAGCCUAAACAGAUGAACAUUCUGUUUCGCAGGGAAGAACUGCAGUAUGACCACUGUAAAAAUAUCUUGUGCAGAGACAUUUUGAUCAAGCAAUGUAAAAUUGAUAGCCUGAUCAUUGCAAAAUGCUUUACAGACCCAAAUAUAUCCUUUAUUUUGAACAAAUAAAUGAGUAAUGUUGUUUCAUAACUGUAGCAAUUUCAGUAUUGCUUAAUUGAUUGCAUUAAGCAUUCCAUCAAUGAGUGAAAUCAUAAUUGGUGCUCUAGUUCACCUCAUCCAUUACCUUAAUUGGCCCUAUAAGGAUAAGGCACUGAUGGCAUGCCCUUUGCUUCACUUCAUCUGACUUGUCUACAGGGACCCCAACAUGCGUGCACAUGAUCUUCUCCCUCAGAGACAUGCCACUACAGGCUGUCACUAUGGAGACAUGCUACCUCGGCCCAGGGUCAUUUAUUCAUGCUGUAGCUUUAGUUUUAAUGGCUGAUUGCAUUGCAUUUACUUUCACAAAGGAAGUAGAGAUCUAUAUUGAUCUCUUGCAGGUACUGAGUGCCACAGGGUUAGUUUGUUAAUCCCUUCCUGUUUAUACCUCAUCCAUCAACCUGUUCUUGUUCAUGGUCAUGUAUGUCAGACGUAUCUUAGUUUCAUCAACUUCAGAGAGAAAAGAUUGUGGUACCAAAGCAAAAGUCUUUGAGGCUUAUUUUUGUCUGUUGCCUGAAAGCAGAACAGAAAAUGAAAUAAGGAAAUGAAACCGGGCACAAUCUGAAAACAAUGCUUAAAUGUGGUCCAAAACAAGUGAUAUAAAAUACAGAGUAACUAAUGUUGAAUGUAUUUGUAUAUUAAUGUAUAUGUCAUUUAAUAUGUAUAUUUGGUACUGUAUGUGAAUGUAAGUUGAUUGUAAAGCACAUUGUACUUGAUGUACAUAAUAGAGAAAAACAAUCUGUAUAUAUAUA